AUGGGGUAUCGAGUGUCAUUUAUGUUACUGGUUUUUGUUUCAUUGAGCUGCAAUGCAAUCGCGGAUGGCGAAAUUUCAUGCCAAAAGAUCAAUUUUGACUCGCAAGACAGGAGACAUACCGAAAAAUGUCUCAAAGUGUGGCAGGAAAUGACGAAAAAGGAGUAUGUCAACUCAAAAGUGUUCAAACCUUUCUGGAAAGGAGCCGAAUUUUACUUGUCCAACAAGAAUUUGGGCGUUUCGUGUGAACAAACUUCACAAAUUUUUGCCUUAGAGAAGACUUCUUUGGUGCAAAUGACGAAUUUUUUGUAUUUCGAUAAAGGAUCGACGAUGACGGUGCGAGUUUUGGACCUAGAUGAUGUCGAUUCGACCGGAUAUGCGAAAGCUGCGUAUGAAUGGAGUGUCGAAAGUGACAAACGGGAGUGGAAAAUUUUUAAUAAAACGAUUGAUCGGGAGAUUUCAAGAGCAAAAGUACAAAUUGAAUGUAAUGUUAACAGUUUGAGCACUUUUGCGAUCGAACAUUUGCACGUAAUUAAUCCCGCCAACGCCAAUGAGGAGUGUCAAGAAGAAAAUUGGUAUCAAGAAAUCACAUCGACUACCGUUCCAAGUACUUCUACAACCUCUGAAAGUACAACAACAACAACUCCCGAGACUUCUAGUACUACAGAACAGAGCACAACUGAAGAAAAUUCAUCAACGACGACGUCUUCGGCAACUACAGAUCCAACAGAGACAACUACAGAUGACGAAACUGAAACAACUGACGAUGAAACGACAAUUUUUACGAGUGAAAGUACCUCGUCUGAUGUUUCAACGUCAAGUUCGACGGAAAUUUCGACAUCUCCAAGUACAACUCCAAGCACAAUUGGUCCAGAAACGACAACUUUUAGUACUUCAAGCACAGAAAAGCCUUCUCCAAGUGAUCCAGAAUACAAUUUACUUUACCUUUAUAUCAUAAUUUCAGCGGGAGGCACGAUUUUAAUCAUCGGAUUUGUAAUUUUUAUCAUUAUUGCAUGCAAAGCUACAGGAAGUUAUGAUCCAAAGACACCAACAACAACGCCAAGACCGAAGCCGUUAAAUAAUGCGGACUCGACAUCAGCAAGUAGCGAUUUUAGUAUUUCAUUUGAAACGCAUGACUCGGGUUUGACAAUUAAAGCCGCUGACGAAAUCCCGUGUCAAAAAAUCAGUUUCGAUUCGGAGGAUAAAAACACAAUUGAGCGAUGUCCUGAUGUUUGGUUGUUGGAAUUGGCGAAAAAGGAAUACAAAAACACGGAAAUUAUUAAACCUUUUCGGAAAGAUGCCAAAUUUUAUUUGUCGAAUAAAAGUAAUGGCAUGGCAUGUGAGCAAACACGUGAGACGUUCUUUAUGGAUGAUAAUUCGAUGGUGCAAUUGACGAUUUUUCUCCUUUUUGAUUCCGGUGCGUGGCUAACUGUUAGAAUUAUGGAUUUGGAUGAUCUGGAUGAGUUUGGAUUGCCGCAAGUUGCGUACGAGUGGCGAGAGGAUGGGCGGAUGCGUGAAUGGCAAAUAUUUAAUAAGACGAUUAGUAAGAGGAUAACGAGGGGGAAGGUCCAAAUCGAGUGCAAUAUAAACAGUGGAAGCACACUUGCGAUAGAACAUUUACACAUCAUUAAUCCGUCAGUAGCGAGUGAAGAGUGUCAAGAAGAAGUUUGGUAUCCGGAAUUAACGACGACUACUGUAACAACGACGACGAGUUCAAGCACAAGUACUACAACGAGUUCAUCGACGACGACUUCUAGCACGAGCACAACGUCAACAACGCCAAAAACGACAACUUCAACGACUCAGGAGACAUCAACAGAGUCUUCAACGAUCGAAACGACUCAAGAAGUAACAACAACUACAAAAGAAAUUACGACAACUGAUCUUCCAACAACAACUGAAGAAGUCACAGCAACGAUGGAGGAUGAAACGACGCUUAUUACGACUUUAGAGGAGACUACAACGACUGAAAUUCCAUCGACAACUCAAGAAGAAACGACUUUAACGACGGAAAUUGAGACGACAACUACUGAAAAAGACCCAACGACAGAAAUUUCUUCAACUACUGAAGAAGAAACAACUUCAACGACUGAAAUCGUAACUUCAACGGAGGUUCCUGAGACAUCAACUGAAGAAACUACAGAAACAGCAACAGAAACAGCAACAGAAGUCCCAACUACAACUUCUGACAUCGAAACAACCGAAAUCGAGACAAGUUCAGAACCUUCAGAGGUCCCAACAUCACUUUCAACGACAAAAUCUUCCACAAUUUCAUCAACUACUACUACAGAGCCUCCCAAAGACGAUGAAAAAUUCAAAAAUUUCUACAUUUAUCUCAUCAUCGCUCUAUUAAUCUUCAUUAUCAUCGUAAUAAUUGUACUAAUUUUCAUUUUCAAGUCUCGCAAGAAAAAUCCUGAACCGCCUCCAGCUCAAAUUUCGGUUUCACAAAUUCAGUUCAACAACUUAUCACCUAAAAAUAGCACGAAACCUUCCAAUAUUUUCCUCUCCAAGCAUCCUGCCAAGCAAUUCACACCUGCUACUAAUCACAUUCCGCGAUUAAAUAUUAACAACGCAUCCGGCAGAAGGGAAUCCUCUGGAAUGGGAAGCAGCGACGAAACAGUCACGCGUACUCCAACGUGGAUCGUCGAAAUGGAAAAGCAAUUCAGAAAAGAAAAAAUUACCAAUGGAAAAAACCUUAAAUACGCCUAA